AUGCUACAGUCCCGGAACGUCAACAAGGAGAACGCGUUCGCCGUCCGUCCGAAGACGCCUGCUGCGAAGGGAUUGAAGUUCAGUGCAAAGACGCCAUUUGGAGACGAGAAUGUGCGUGCAUCGAUGAUGGUGAAGGGGUACAAAGUUCAACUCGAACGCGUUUAUUACCCCAAUUGGACGAAGGAGAAUUCCUUUAGACUCUCCUCCGCAAAACGCCGAACACCAAAACAAGCAUCACCCGAAGUCUUCAAAGAUGUACAUCAGCAGCUUUCACAGAAACUCGAGCAAGCACAGAUUGCCGAGGAGGAGAUUGAAAUCCCGGAUAUUGAAUAUAUGCCACCUCGUAGACUGGAAAUCCCAUGA